UAGGAAACUUUCUAUCAUGUGUCUCCACAAACAAAUUCUUACAGUAAUAUAACAUUAAAAAAUUGUACACCUAAACAAAUUUAUGUUGUCGAGAAAAAAUGGAGCCUCCAAUGCAACAUAAUCACAUAGGUCAACCAACAGCUCCAGGAAUAUGGUUUACAAAUGAGGAGUUUUAUUGGCGCAGUCUUGCAAGUGGUGUGUGGUUGAUGUUGUUUCUCCCGGUUAUUUUAAUAACAUUUACGUUGAUGGUUAAUUUUUCUCUAUUUUCUCCUGUGACAUGGAUAUCAGGAUUUUUGUCACUGUCGGUAUCAUUAUCAACAAUUGGUUUCUGCAUUUUGUGGCAAGCAUGCUCUGUCUUGCUUACAAUAUUUCAAUCAAGAGCUCUUAGUGUGUCAAAAACAGUCCACUCAACGAACUGGAAGUUUUUUCUCCACAUGCUAAACCCAAAGCAAUUAGUCAACACUAUAUGUACACUAAUGGUGGCAUUAGUUUCUUCUGUGAUUCUUCUACAAUUCUAUCUCCCUAAUACAAACUCAAAUAGAGAUAACUUGAAUUCUGAAGAAAGAAAUUUUGUGUUACUUUACAGCCUUUUUCUGGGAGUGUCUCUUUCGCUCACUUAUUAUCGAAAGCACGAAUAUAUCACACAGUUCCCUGUUGUUCAGCAAAAGAGAUUUUUUAGAGUAAAGAAAGCAUUGGGUCCAUGUUUACUGGAAAGUGUUUCAUGUAGCUUCAAGAUGCUUCGAUUGUAUUAUCCUGUUUAUAUUUUAAUUGGAGUUCUACCGCAGAGUGUUUUAUCAUUUGUUUUUGGCUACGAUAUGAACAGCUUCUUCAUGCUUGGUACAGUAUGGAACUUGUGUAAUCUUUCUCUCUUUUGGCUUUGCUUCACGAUGUCUAUAGCAGUUGUGUUCACGUUCAAAAUAUCCAAUUGCUUUCUGCAGAUAUGUAAUACCCAACAUUACACGUUCCCCAUUGUGGCAGCUUUGGCAACUGACCAGGGGAAAACAUUGGGAGAGGCCAUGGAGAGUAGUAAUCCUUUGCUUAAGAGUUUGGCUUUUCACGACUACUUACACCUUAGUCAAUCUAAAGGACCACGCCGUCUUCAACUAUUUGAACUCUCCUCACCCGGAAAUCAACCACAUGUUUGGAAUAAAAUAUCAGCGGAGUGUUUGCGAAUGCUUGAUUCGUUACGAUCGAGAUUGGUAGCGGCAAUUGAGCAGAAACAACAAUCUAGGACACCUCAACAGGUAUCAUCUCCUGUAGCUGCAGUGGGCAUGAGAAAUCUGUUUUCUCCUACCGCUGAACAAGAAAGCGCGAGAAUCAAGAAGCCUCAGUGGAGUAGUCCAGGUCGCGUGUCUACUAAAACACAGGAAAGUGUCUAUGAAGUAGCAAGUCAAAGCAAGGAUAUGAAUUCAAAGGUGAAAAAAUCUUGCGAGAUAUUUGGUGAUUUUCAGUUAUUGUUGUGUUGUAUCGAAGGGCUGUCCAACCUAGUUGCUGCAUCGAUAAAGGAAGACAAAUAUGGCGUUGUACAGAGGAAAUUGCCUGAUAUCUUAUCCAAACUGUUGUCACUUCUCCAGGAAUGUGAAAACUAUACACGAAUCUCAGUAACGCCGUCCACGUUAAGUACUUCCGAUGAUGUUGAGACGGCUCGCUUAAAUGCGUGGAAUGCGUCAUCCUUGAAGUUAGCAUUAAAAACAGGAUUGUAUGGUAUAACAACAGCUUUCAGUUAUCACAUUGGGGCUGUGAGGUUAACAGCAGAGCAUAAGAAACGUUUGAAUGCAUUCCUUGAAUUUGUCGAGUAAACAAGAAAAAAGUUAAAUGAUGAGCUUGUUUAAGCGAGUUGAUAAAAAGAUUCUUUAUGUUAGAAUGGCAGGAGGGAGAUAAUAUAAACAACGUACGAGAUUUCUCCGUUAUAUGAACAGAACCUAAAACAUUUCAGUACCUCGUAUUGAUUUUUCAGAAAGAGUUCGUUUGUCGAACAUGGCUGUAUCACAUGUACAGAAUAGUUCAGUUCUUGUUUUUAAUAAAUAUUUUAGUAUGAAAUGAAAA